AGCAGAUCAAUUAUCCUCUUUGAUAACCGAUCAAACUCUCUACUCAUUAAUCAAUUUCUAUCACAUUAUCAUCCAUAUUCAAUCAAUAAAUAAAUAAAAUCUUGAUAAUAAUUUUUAAAAAUCCCAACAAAUAUUAAUAAAAACCACAGAAUCCGCCCAGAAAUACCAGCAGAGAACACGCAGAGCAUGGAAGAAAAUAGCUGGAUUUCUAACAACACGACGCUAAAAAGCUCCACCUUCUUCGAAUUACCUAUACUACCCUUCUCCUUCCCUCCAAAACCCUCCAUUCUUUCCCCUCCAAUUUCUUGAAAUACAUCAAAUUUUUUUUAUCCUUCUGGCUUGAGACAGCAACCAUGGAAAUAACGAAUGUGAAAUCUGUUGAUCAAGCGGUGGAGGAAAUUAUGAGGAUUCAUAGAUCUUUACCGACAAGACCAGGGAUCGAGGAAGUAGAAGCAGCAAAGACAUUGAUUCGGAAUGUCGAAAAGGAAGAGCAAGCGAGAAUGGAAGCGAUUUCGAAGCAGACAAAGACCCCAGAUGUUCCUCAAGAGUUGUUCAUGAUCCUGCAAGAAAUGCAAAAACAGUUGAGCUUUUUUCAAACCAAAGAACAAAAAUUGGAGGCUGUAAAAUUGCUUGAUCUUGAAAAUGUUCAUAACCUGUUCGAUGAAUUCAUUCAAAGAGCUUCCAAAUGCCUCUCUUGGCCUCCUCCUCCUCCUACUUCUUCUUCUCCCACUUCUGUUUCUGGGUUUGGUUCUUCUUCCAAUUAUGCUAAUGGGGGCAGUAGUUCGUUUAAGGGGAGCGCUGCUGCUGCUGCGGCGGGUUCUUCUUCGAUUGAUAGAUCAUCUAUGGCUACCACGUCCGGAUUGUAUUAUGCAGAGAAAGAGCCGACGAGGAGUGCUGAAUUGUUUACUAGAGAUGAUAGUUAUGUGAAGAAGGCGAAAUCUUCGUUAUAUUCUGAUGGGAUUGGUGUUUCUUCUACGCCGCAGAUUGUGGAUUCUACUUUAAAAGCUAGUUCAAUCAGUUCAAGUCAAGAUGGGGAGAAGUUGAGUCUAAUUAAGCUUGCGAGUUUGAUUGAAGUGUCUUCGAAAAAAGGAACUCAAGAGCUUAAUCUACAAAACAAGUUGAUGGAUCAAGUUGAUUGGCUACCGGAUUCGAUAGGCAAGCUAUCGAGUUUGGUUACACUGGACUUGUCUGAGAACAGGAUUGUGGCGUUGCCAGAAACUAUUGGAGGUCUUUCGUCAUUGACGAAGUUGGAUUUGCAUUCCAAUAGAAUUGGCGAACUCCCAGGAUCUAUUGGGGAUCUUCUUAGUUUGGUUGCUCUGGAUGUGAGGGGUAACCAGUUAUCCUUUCUACCUGCCACAUUUGGCAGAUUGGUACGACUUCAGGAUCUUGAUCUGAGCUCAAAUAGGCUCUCUUCACUCCCUGAUACAAUAGGAUCACUUGUUAGUCUGAAGAAAUUAAAUGUGGAGACAAAUGAUAUUGAAGAAAUCCCACAUACUAUCGGAAAGUGUUCCUCACUAAAGGAGCUUCGUGCAGACUAUAACAGGCUCAAGGCACUCCCCGAAGCUGUUGGAAAGAUAGAGACUUUGGAGGUUCUAUCUGUUCGGUACAAUAACAUCAAACAGUUGCCUACAACAAUGUCAUCUCUAUUAAGCUUGAAGGAGCUCGAUGUAAGUUUCAACGAGCUUGAGUCAGUGCCUGAGAGCUUGUGUUUUGCUACCUCGCUUGUCAAGAUGAAUAUAGGAAAUAAUUUUGCUGAUAUGCAAUCCUUACCAAGGUCUAUUGGGAACCUUGAGAAUCUUGAAGAGCUGGAUAUUAGCAAUAACCAGAUACACGCCCUUCCAGACUCUUUUAGGAUGCUAACACGACUACGUAUCUUACGUGCUGAAGAAAAUCCUUUGGAAGUACCACCAAGACAUAUAGCUGAAAAGGGUGCUCAGGCUGCUGUUCAAUACAUGGUUGAACUUGUUGAAAAGAGUGAUGUCAAAGUCCAACCUGUAAAGCAGAAAAAGAGUUGGGCUCAAAUUUGCUUCUUUUCAAAGUCUAACAAAAGGAAGCGCAAUGGCCUAGACUAUGUGAAAGCCUGAAUCAAAACAAUUGUAACAUGAAAAACAACACGAUCUUUAUGUCGGCGCGUGUGCUCGCUUAAACUUCAAAGAGGAGGGGGUUGGCAUGCAAUAAAAAUGAAGAGUUACUUCUUCUAAGGCAGAUUUUGAUAAAUUCACGCUGCAGAUUGUGCCUUUGUUGUUUCAUUUUGAAUUGAUGGUGGCAGUUAUAAAGCUGCAGAUUUUAAUUAAGUGGCAUGCUUACAGCAUGACUGAUUCAAGGUUUUGUUUCUCAUCUUGCAGAGGUUUUAGCAGUUUGGAAAGCAGAAAUGUCAGUGCAACAAAUCCACACAUCAAACAGGGGACUCAGUUCAUAAAACGGUUCUCACUCUUGAUCAUCAAAUUGCAGAUUUUCAUUAUUGUUUUGUUUUUAUAGUUGGCUCUUUUCAUUUUAUUCCAUUUGUAUCUGUUUGUCCUUGAACCGUAAUGAGGUGUACAAUUCAGCCGGCAGAUAGGAGGGCGAGGAAAAUACUAUGCUGUGUAUUCUUAAUUGUACGAAGAAGUUUAACCUUACCUCUACCACAUGUAAUAGAAUAUGUUUCUCUAUUUUAGAUUCAAUAGAAUUUAAAAUUUCUUUUGUCUAA